AUGGCUACAGCUUCAUUAUCUCGCACAUUUGCUUCUACUAUCACAAACCGUUCUUACACAAACCUUCCUGCUUCAGCAAAUGCAUUAAAGAGAAUUUUUACUUUAUCCAACACCAAAUCUGAAGACGAACAGAACCAACCUCAUGUUUCAACCAUUCGCCUCAACCACACUACAAGUAUCCCUGACUUCUCCAAAUACAAGAAAGAAAGACAUACUGGUGAAGGCAGUCGCAACUUUGCUUACAUGAUGGUCGGUGCUACUGGUCUUCUCAGUGCUGCUGGUGCCCAAGCUACUGUUUCCGAUUUCUUGGCCAAUAUGUCUGCUUCUGCUGAUGUGUUGGCUUUGGCUAAGGCUGAAGUUGAUUUGAACACUAUUCCCGAAGGUAAAAACGUCACCAUUAAGUGGAGAGGCAAGCCUGUCUUUAUCCGUCACCGUACCCAAGCUGAAAUUGAAGAGGCGAACCAAGUCAACGUUCAAGAAUUACGUGACCCUCAGCAAGAUGCUGAAAGAGUAAAGGAUCCCAGCUGGCUCGUCAUGUUGGGUGUUUGUACUCAUUUGGGUUGUGUACCUAUUGGUGAAGCUGGUGAUUACGGAGGAUGGUACUGCCCUUGUCACGGUUCUCACUACGAUAUCUCUGGUCGUAUCCGUAAAGGUCCUGCACCACUUAAUCUGGAAAUUCCCGAAUACCAAAUCAACGAGGAUACACUCAUUAUCGGUUAG